AUGACAGCACACCUGGAGUUUGCAAAAAGGCAUGUGAAAGACUCUGAGAUCAUAAGAUGGACCAGUCCUUUUCUGUUUGGAACUGUUGCUGUAGGUCCAGGGAAGGAGGAGUGUAUCCAGUGUGCCAGAGAUCACCUGCAGCAAGAGUGGAGGUGUGUUCAGACCUGCGCCCCAGGAUACUACUCAACAGAGGAUGCUGGCUACCACCAGGGGAUGUGUCACAAGUGUGAGGAGAAUUGCCUGAGUUGCGACGGCCCCGGGACGACCUGUGUCAAGUGCAAAGACAGCUACAACCUCGUCAGCAGGACGUGCAUCGUGAACGCCACCUGUAACAAUGCCGACGAGGUGUUUUGUGAGAUGGUAAAGUCCAACCGGCUGUGUGAGAAGAAGCUGUUCCGGCAGUUCUGCUGCAGAACCUGUCUGAUGACCGGUUGAGAAUCCUAGUAGUGAACCUGGAGAGGAACCCUGCGUGGAACCCACCACUUCCUCAUCCACUGUUCAUUUCCAAACUAGCUAAUGUUUGUGUAUGAAUGAAAAGAAAGAAUGAAUAGGCCUUCACCAGGGUUGGGGUCAAUUCCAUUUUCCUCAAUGAGUUCCUGAAUCCACUGAAUUGAAAUGGAAUUGACCCCAACCCUGGAACACACACUAUUCCUCCCAUCAAUUUUACCCCACAAAGGGUAGACUUGAUUUUCAUACGAUAUAUACAGUAUUUUAAAGUUGUCUUUUUUAUUUAAAAAACAACAUACAGUAUGUAACAUGUAUAUUUUUUAUUCUAAUGCUGCAUUGUUGUAAAGUACAGUACUUUUUCGACUACACAUGUUAGUCGAUAACUCUCUGAUUGAACCACUGUUUUUUGGAAGUGAAUUGGUCACCUGAAUAGUAUGAGCUGGUUGAUAAAGAAACAGCAUCACUCAAAAUGGGGAUUGUAUUUAUAAGGCACCAAAUGGAAUAAGACAAACUGAAACAUGAAGGGACUACUUGAACUUUUCUGUUUUCUGUUGUGUGCCCUACCGAAUACGACCCAGAUCAACUUUUCUGUUUUCUGUUGUGUGCCCUACCGAAUACGACCCAGAUCAACUUUUCUGUUUUCUGUUGUGUGCCCUACCGAAUACGACCCGGAUCAACUUUUCUGUUUUCUGUUGUGUUCCCUACCGAAUACGACCCAGAUCAACUUUUUCAUACUUAAGAUACAACUUCCUCACAAAAAAUGGUUUAUUCUGUAUAAGGUUUUUUGUUUUUUUUUAUAAAAAAAUUGUAAAACAAUGAAUUACUGUAAUCGUAUUUACAUUUUAGCAGACACUAUUAUUCAGAGUGACUUACAGUAGUGAGUGCAUACAUUUUCAUACUGGUCCCCGUGGGAAUCACACCCACAACCCUGGCGUUGCAAGAGCCAUGCUCUACCAACUGAGCUACACGGGACUAUUACUGAAUACUGUACAAUUCCUGUAUACUGUACCAUUUCAAAUGCUGUUGUACAUUUUAGAAUGUGUAUUUGAUGUUUGUUUCGUUUGUUUUUAUGUAUAAAAUAAAAGACGUUCAUUGUGUAUGA